UGAAAAUGGGUUUCCACUGCCACUGUGUCACUGAACUUUGCCUGCUCACUUCCAUACUCCUGCCAAAUUCAUCCUUCAACUGCCCAACCCUGCGUGCCCCUCCUAUUCCCUGCCCUUUUAAAACUUUGAGCGUGAGGCAGUCACUGAUUAGAGAUUAGGCAGACAGCUAUCUGUGCAGCCUCUGGGUGAAAGCUGUGUAUCCACCAGGAACUCAGGACAAAAAGGCCUGUGAGUCCAUCAUGCUCCAAGACAGACUUCACAAGAGGCUGAGCGCCUUAUGCUUUGGACUUCUGCUUCUCCACGUCGAGGUUCAGGGCCAGGACUCUGCCAGCCCCAUUCGGACCACACGCACAGGGCAGGUGAAAGGGGGCUUUGUCCAUGUGAAGGGUACUGAUGUGGGGGUCCACACCUUCCUGGGAAUCCCCUUUGCCAAGCCACCUCUAGAGAAACUGCGAUUUGCACCCCCUGAGCCCCCAGAAUCUUGGAAUGGUGUAAAGGAUGGCACCUUACACCCAGCUAUGUGUCUGCAGAACAUUGCUGUACUGAAUGGGAUGAUUCAGAAACUGGUGAAUGAGACCCUACCCACCAUGCCAAUGUCUGAAGACUGCCUGUAUCUCAAUGUCUACACACCUGCCCAUGCCCAUGAGGGCUCUAACUUGCCUGUGAUGGUGUGGAUCCAUGGUGGUGCACUGGUAGUAGGCAUGGCCUCCAUGUAUGAUGGCUCUUUGCUGGCAGCCCUGGAAGAUGUGGUGGUGGUCAUCAUCCAGUACCGCCUGGGAGUGCUAGGCUUCUUCAGCACUGGAGACAAGCAUGCUGCUGGAAACUGGGGCUACCUGGACCAAGUAGCUGCACUGCGCUGGGUCCAGCAGAAUAUCGCCAACUUUGGAGGCAACCCUGACCGUGUCACCAUCUUUGGCGAGUCUGCUGGUGGCACAAGUGUGUCCUCACAUGUUGUGUCCCCCAUGUCCAAAGGACUCUUCCAUGGUGCCAUCAUGGAGAGUGGUGUGGCCCUGCUUCCUAGCCUCAUCACCAAUUCUUCUGACAUGCUCACCACAAUGAUGGCCAACUUGUCUGCCUGUGGCCUUCUUGACUCAGAGGCCCUGGUGAAUUGCUUGCAGGCCAAGAGUGAAGAGGAGAUCAUAACCAUUAACAAGCACUUCAAGCUCAUCCCUGGUGUGGUGGAUGGAACUUUCCUGCCCAGGCAUCCUCAGGAGCUGAUGGCCUCUGCUGACUUCCAACCUGUUCCCAGUAUUAUUGGCAUCAACAAUGAUGAGUAUGGCUGGCUGAUCCCCUCGAGCAUGGAAGUGGACACCCCAAAGGAAAUGAACAAAAAGACCAUGAAGACUGUUCUGCAGGAAACAUCAACAAUGAUGAUGUUGCCCUCUGAGUUUGGCGACCUAUUGAUGGAGGAGUACAUGGGGGACAGUGAGGACCCCCAUACCCUUCGAGUUCAGUACCACGAGAUGAUGGGCGACUACAUUUUUGUGAUUCCUGCACUCCAAGUAGCAAAAUCUCAGUGUUCUCAUGCCCCAGUCUAUUUCUAUGAGUUCCAGCAUCGGCCCAGUUUCUUCAAGGAUAUCAAGCCACCCCAUGUCAAAGCAGACCAUGGUGAUGAACUUGUCUUUGUCUUUGGAGCUUACACCUGGACUGCCAAGAUGAAAAUCACUGAGGAGGAAGAACAGCUGAGCAGGAAGAUGAUGAAAUACUGGGCCAACUUUGCUCGGAAUGGGAACCCCAACAGCAAGGGUCUACCCAACUGGCCCGUGUUUGACCAGGAGGAGCAAUACCUGCAACUGAACUUACAGCCUGCCGCAAGCCAGGGUCUGAAGGCCAACAGGUUCCAGUUCUGGACAAAGACUGUACCCCAGAAAAUCCAGGAGCUAAUCACACGUGCUGAGCAGAGACACACAGAGCUGUAGCUCCCCAUGUCUGUGGGUGAGGAGGUUGGGAUGGCCUUGAGUGCAGUGGAAGUCUGCCUUGUGUGUCCACGCAGACCCAAUUGAGGAUGUGGUAGUUUAUUUCUUACACAAUCAUUCACUCAUUCUUCCUUCCACCCACUCAGUGAACAUUCAUUGAGAACCUUCUACAUGAUUUAAUUGCUAAACCUUCCAUGGAUGCACCUUUUUUUUUUUUUUUUUUGCCUCCAGGGUUAUUGCUGGGGCUUGGUGCCAGCACUAUGAAUCCACUGCUCCUGGAGGGUAUUUUUGUUGCCCUUGUUGUUGUGCUUGCUGUAGUUGUAAUUGUUGUCAUAGCUGUUGUUGUUGGAUAGGACAGAGAGAAAUGGAGAGAGGAGGGGAAGACAGAGAGGAGGAGAGAAAGAUAAGACACCUGCAGACCUGCUUCACCGCUUGCGAAGUGACCUCCUGCAAGUGGGGAGCCAAGGGCUCGAACCUGUAUCCUUAUGCCGCCCUUGCGCUUUGCGGCAUGUGCGCUUAACCCGCUGCGCUAUCUCCCAGCUCCCCCAUGGAUGCACUGUUAUCAGACAACAAAUCUUCCCACGAGCUGUGGGUGGAAGUUCCCAAGUGAAGUUCACCUUCCACUGAAGCUCUCUGGCCUCUUUUCAAAUCCACCCCCACCUCUACAGUACUAUAUUUUAUUGUUGAUUGUAAACCAUGGUGAAUUCACCUUCUUUACCCCAUCUUGGAUGGAGCUUGAAGACAUCAUGUUAAGUGAGAUAAAUCAGAAACAAAAGGAUGAUCUCACUCAUAGGCAGAAGGUGGCAAACAAGAUCAGAA